AUGAUGAUGCGAAAUGGCCCAUCCUCUCGCACCACCUCGGUGUUGAUGUUGUUGCUGCUACUCGUGACAUUGUUCCUUGUCAUGAUCUCAACAGAGAAUGUGAUGGCAUCACACUCCUCCAAUGAGUUGAAUGAUGAAAUUUCUCGUCUCAUCACAUUGAAAAAACAAUUAAAAGAGAAAUGGAAUCCAAGAUUGUACUUGACACAACGUAUUCGUAAACUCGCAAGAAGAUUCUCAAUUUCAAUUCCUCGUAAAUGUAAGAGAAGAAGAAUUAGUUGGCAAACAGUGGAGGAGAUUAGAAAAUUAGCAAAAUGUAAUGCUCGAGAAGGACGACAACGACGACGACCUAGAAGACCUGAAAGACCUUCUCGACGUCCUGAAAAACCAAGACGACCAACCACACCCGAGAGACCUGAAAAGCCAAGACGGCCAAGAAGACCAAGACGUCCAAGAAGACCUGAAAGACCAUCGAGACCUGAAAAGCCUUCUCAACCUGAAAAACCUUCUCAACCUGAAACACCAAAUACACCUGAAAAACCUUCUCAACCUGAAACACCAAAUACACCUGAAAAACCUUCUCAACCUGAAACACCAAAUACACCUGAAAAACCUUCUCAACCUGAAACACCUUCAGAACCAACAAAUCCAGAGAAGCCACCAACUCAACCUCCAUCAGAGAAACCUUCAGAACCAACAAAUCCAGAGACUCAACCUCCAGCACGUCCUGAGGAGCCAACAAAUCCAGAGAAACCAACCAAUCCUGAAACACCAGAGAAACCAAGAAGACCACGUGUUCCAAGAAGACCAAGAAGACCUCGUGUCCCUCGUAUUCCAAGAAAGCCAAGAGUGCCAAGAAGACCAAGAGUUCCUCGUAUUCCUCGUGUACCAAGAAGACCUCGUGUGCCAAGAAAGCCAAGAACUCCUCGUGUCCCUCGCAUUCCAAGAAAGCCAAGAGUGCCAAGAAGACCAAGAGUUCCUCGUGUACCUCGCGUUCCAAGAAAGCCAAGAGUUCCAAGAGUGCCAAGAAAGCCAAGAACACCAAGAGUCCCUCGUGUGCCAAGAACUCCUCGCGUUCCAAGAACCCCAAGAACACCUCGUGUACCAAGAACUCCUCGAACUCCUCGUGUGCCAAGAACCCCAAGAACACCUCGAACCCCUCGUGUGCCAAGAGUGCCUCGUGUACCAAGAACCCCUCGUGUGCCAAGAACCCCUCAAACUCCUCGCUUACCAAGAAGACCUACUCCUCGUCCACGUGGUAGAGGUAGAGGUGAUCCUCAUUACGUCACUUUGGAAGGUGAAGAUAUUCUCUUCAAUGGUGUUGGUGAUUUUAUUUUGGCUGAAACUUUGGAUCAAUCCUUUGUUGCUCAUGUUCGUAUCUCCAAAUGGAAAGGAAAUAGAGGAACUGCAACUGUCAAUAAGGCUAUUGCUGUGAAGGUUGGAGGUGAUGUCAUUGAAUUCAAUUCUAGAAAUGGUAAAUUCUAUUUGAAUAAGAAGAGAGCAAGAUUUGCAAUUGGUAAAGAAUAUGAAUUGGAUGGAGGUUUGCUAAAAAGAAAGUCAAAGAAUACUUUUAUUGUCAAAUCCGAUGAUGGAGUUGAAUUAUUUGGUGAAAGAUUCACAUUGCAUGAUGGUAGAUCCUAUAUGGAUGUUCAAGUAGAUGCACCAGAUCAUAUUGAAUUCUCUCGUGGAUUAAUUGUUGAUGGUAAAGAUGGUGGUAAGGCUAUUAAACUUUUCAGAACUCAUCAACCAAGAAGAACGUUGGAAAAGGAAGAAAUUGAAAUUCCAAAAUGGGCAAAGAAGGCUUGUGCAAAGAGAGGUUUGACUGGAAAGAAAUUGAAAGAUUGUGCCUAUGAUGCUACUGUGACUGGUAGAGAAUUUGCAAAGGAAAUUGCAAAGGAUGAAGCUAAAUUUGCCAAAAGGGCAGACAAGGUAGUCAAGAAGGCAAUUAUUGCUCAAAAGAAGAAAUAA